AUGGCUACCAAAUCUGCAGCUGUUGGCGACAAGAGAAAGUCCGCUUCUAGCGGCAAGUACCAGACCUUUUCUAAGCUCAACAAGAAGCCUCGACUUGGUGAGAAGAAGGUCAAGAAGCAACCUGUGAAGGAGUCCGAGGAUUCUGAUGAGGAGGAUGGCGGUGCCGAUCUGAGUGAAGAGGCCCCCAAGAGGUCUUCAAAUGGUGCCGGAGAUGUAAAGACCUUUGAUCGAACUUCAGGUCAAACUUCGCGCGAAUCCCAUGCCAAGCAAAAGGAGCCCGCCCAGCAGCGCAAGGCCGCAAAGCCUCUUGCUGACGAAGUUCAACGCACAAAGAAGCUGUGGGAGAAGCUACGACGAAAGUCUCACGUCCCCAAGGAGGAACGACAGAUAUUGGUCACUGAACUAUUCACCAUCAUUACUGGUCGCAUCAAGGAUUUCGUCCUCAAGCACGAUGCCGUGCGCGCUGUCCAAACCGCUAUCAAGUACGCAUCGCCUGAACAGAAGAAGCAGAUUGCUCAUGAGUUGACGGGCACAUACGCUCAGCUUGCUGAGAGUCGAUAUGCCAAGUUCCUGAUUGGAAAGCUUCUGGUCCAGAACGACGAGGAGAUCCGAGAUAUCAUUAUUCCCGAGUUUUACGGCCGUGUCCGAAAGAUGAUCAACCACCCUGAGGCUUCAUGGAUUCUCGACGAUGUCUACCGAGGUGUUGCGACAAAGGAACAGAAGGCCAUUCUGCUGCGCGAGUGGUACGGUCCCGAGUUCUCUAUCCGAGAACUUACCAAGGAUACAAACCCCACUUCUGAUCUCAAGGCCAUCCUCGAGGCUGAGCCUAGCAAGCGAGGUCCCAUCAUGAAGAGUCUGGUUGACAUUAUCGGCUCUCUUGUCAACAAGAAGAUGACUGGUUUCACUAUGCUCCACGAUGCUAUGUUCCAGUACUUCUCUGCCACCCAGCCUGGCACAGAAGAGUUCACCGAGUUCUUCGAGAUGGUCAAGGGUGACGAGGGCGGAGAUUUGCUCAAGAACAUGGCAUUCACCCGCAACGGUGCCAAGCUUACCUGUUUGCUCCUAGCUCACGGAUCCUCCAAGGACCGAAAGCAGAUUCUCAAGACCUACAAAGACACUUUCCUGCUGAUGUCUGGUGACAUCUGGGCACAUCUCGUUAUCCUUACUGCCUACGAUGUUGUUGACGACACCAAGCUUACUGCCAAAACCAUCUUCCCUGAGAUCCUCGGCGAGGGUGAGAACCUUGCUCAAAAUGUCGUUGCUGCAGCCAACAACCCCUUCGCCAGGACAACAAUCCUUUACCUCUUCGAGGGACUUGCCAAGUCUCUCUUCCCUCCCAGCCAGUCAGCCGAGGUUGAGAUUCUCAAGGAGGUUCACGAGAUCCGCCAGACAACAAGUAAGAAGGAUGAGGACGUUCGCCGCAGUGAACUUGUUACUGCUAUUUCGCCUCAGCUUAUCUCAGUCAUUGCCGAGGUUCCUUCCGAUAUUACCGCCACCGCCUUUGGUUGCCAGUUUGUCACAGAUGUCCUCCUCUCAGGAGUUGGCGACAAGCAGCAGGCUCUGGAGGCCAUUGCCCAGUCAGCCAGCGGCAACCCUAGCGAGGAACCAUCAGAGGAUGAUCUUCAGCCCCAGGUACACAUCUCAAGGACGCCUCACGGUGGCCGCAUGCUGAAGUCGCUGAUCCAAGGCGGCAAGUACGACAAGGCUGCCGGCAAGAUUAUCCCUGUUGACCCUCCUCUGGAGUUCUCCAACAUCCUUUACCCAGUCAUCAAGGAGCACAUUAUGUACUGGGCCACUGGACCCAGCUCAUUCGUUGUUGUUGGUCUUCUUGAGGCCGGCGACUUUGGAGAGGCUGGUGCGCUCAAGAAGACGCUGAAGAAGAACAAGAAGGCUCUUGAGAAGGCUGCCACCGAGGAGACCCCUGAGCAGAAGGCUGCUCGUGAGGCUCACGAGGCAGCGCCCAAGGAUGCCAAGAAGGGCAAGAAGAAGGGAGAUAAGAAGCCCGUUGGUAAUGCUGGUAGCAAGCUGUUGUUGGAGAAAUUGUAA